AUGUGUGUAGAGAAGUCAAAAACCCAAAAUUUAAACUAUGCAUGCAUGGUUCGACUUCCAGUCCCAAGAACCGUUAACAGCAAUUCAAAAUUCCUGUCCAAAAAGAACCAAUGCCUCUCUCUACUAAAAUUCUCCUCUUCAAUCAAACAUGUCUCUCAAAUUCAUGCCCAAAUCCAAGUCUCUGGUCUCCAACAAGACACCAAUCUUUUAACAGAACUCAUUAGAUUCUGUUCCUUAUCUCCCUCAAAAAUCCUCAGUUAUGCCCAGUCCCUUCUCUACCAUUCACUUGUCUCACUGCCCUCCUCUUGGAAUUUCCUCAUUAAAGUUUAUGCCUCGAGUGAUACACCGAAAAAUGCCAUACGGGUCUUUCAUAGAAUGCGAAAAGAAGGUGUUGGACCUAAUAACCUUACCUUCCCUUUUGUUUUUAAGGCCUGUGCUACUUGUUUGGCACUUGAAGAAGGAAAACAAGUACAUGCAGAUAUUUUUAAGUUCGGUUUAGAUUGUGAUGUUUAUGUUAACAACAAUUUGGUUCACUUUUAUGGAUCUUGCAAGAAAGUUUUAGAUGCAUGUAAGGUGUUUGAUGAAAUUCCUGAAAGGACUGUUGUUUCGUGGAAUUCGGUGAUUACUACUUGUGUUGAAAAUUUAUGGUUAGGAGAUGCAAUUGGGUAUUUGGUCAAAAUGAGGGAUGUUGGGUUUGAACCUGAUGAGACGACAAUGGUUAUUGUGCUUUCACUCUGCACACAAACGGGGAACUUGAGCUUAGGAAGAUGUAUUCAUUCUCAAGUGAUCGGAAGGGGAAUGGUAUUGAACUGUAAAUUGGGUACUGCCCUUGUUGACAUGUAUGCGAAAAGCGGAGAUCUUGGUUAUGCUAAGCUAGUUUUUGAUAGAAUGGAAGAGAAGAAUGUUUGGACUUGGAGUGCAAUGAUUUUGGGACUAGCUCAACAUGGAUUUGCCAAAGAAGGACUCGAACUUUUUCUCAAGAUGAGAGAGAGUUCUUCUAUACUCCCGAAUUACGUCACAUUCCUUGGGGUUCUCUGUGCUUGCAGUCAUGCUGGUUUGGUUGAUGAUGGGUUUCGGUAUUUUCAUGAAAUGGAACACAAGCAUGGAAUUAGACCAAUGGUCAUACAUUAUGGUGCCAUGGUUGAUAUCUUGUGUCGUGCUGGGCAUCUGAAAGAGGCUUAUAACUUUAUUGUAAAUGUGCCUUUCCAGCUUGAUCCCAUUUUGUGGAGGACAUUGCUCAGUGCAUGCAGUGUUCACAAUGUUAGUGACAAUGAUGGGUUAGUAGAUAAGGUAAGAAAGAAGUUGCUUGAACUAGAGCCCAGGAGGAGUGGGAACUUUGUGAUGGUUGCAAACAUGUAUGCUGAUGCUGGGAUGUGGGAAAAGGCAGCAAAUGUGCGGAGGACUAUGAGAGACGGUGGUUUGAAGAAGAUGGGUGGAGAGAGUUGCAUUGCAUUAAAGGGGUCAAUCCAUCAGUUCUUUUCUGGCUGUUUUUCACAAGAUGAUCAUGAAAGUAUCAAAAGGUUGCUAGGUGGACUGAACUUACACAUGAAAAUGGUAAACAUCCCGUAA